AUGCCGGUCCGCAGGGGCCACGUCGCUCCCCAAAACACUUACCUGGACACCAUCAUCCGCAAGUUCGAGGGCCAGAGUCGAAAGUUCCUGAUCGCCAAUGCUCAGAUGGAGAACUGCGCCAUCAUUUACUGCAACGAUGGCUUCUGUGAACUCUUCGGCUACUCCCGGGUGGAGGUGAUGCAGCGACCAUGCACCUGCGACUUCCUCACAGGCCCCAACACCCCACGCAGCGCCAUGUCCCGCCUGGCGCAAGCUCUGCUGGGGGCUGAGGAGUGCAAGGUGGACAUCCUCUACUACCGCAAGGAUGCCUCCAGCUUUCGCUGCCUGGUGGACGUGGUGCCCGUGAAGAAUGAGGAUGGGGCCGUUAUCAUGUUCAUCCUCAACUUCGAGGAUCUGGCCCAACUGCUGGCCAAGAGCGGGAGCCGCAGCCUGUCCCAGCGCCUGCUGUCUCCGAGCUUCCUGGGCUCUGAGGGCUCUCACGGCAGGCCGGGUACACAGGGGCCAGGCACGAGCAGGGUCAAGUACAGGACCAUCAGCCAAAUUCCGCAGUUCACACUCAACUUUGUGGAGUUCAACCUGGAGAAGCACCGCUCAGGCUCCACCACGGAAAUUGAGAUCAUCGCGCCCCACAAGGUGGUGGAGCGGACCCAGAAUGUCACCGAGAAAGUCACCCAGGUUCUGUCCCUGGGGGCAGACGUGCUGCCAGAGUACAAGCUGCAGGCGCCGCGCAUCCACCGUGGGACCCUCCUGCACUACAGCCCCUUCAAGGCUGUCUGGGACUGGCUCAUCCUGCUGCUGGUCAUCUACACGGCCGUCUUCACGCCCUACUCAGCUGCCUUCCUGCUUAGCGACCAGGACGAGUCUCAGCGUGGGGACUGCAGCUACACCUGCAGUCCACUUACCGUGGUGGACCUCAUCGUAGACAUCAUGUUUGUGGUGGACAUCGUUAUCAACUUCCGCACCACCUACGUCAACACCAACGACGAAGUGGUCAGCCACCCUCGCCGCAUCGCUGUCCACUACUUCAAGGGCUGGUUCCUCAUUGACAUGGUGGCAGCCAUCCCCUUCGAUCUGCUCAUCUUCCGCACUGGCUCUGAUGAGACCACAACCCUGAUUGGGCUGCUGAAAACGGCAAGGCUGCUGCGGCUGGUGCGUGUGGCCAGGAAGCUGGACCGCUACUCUGAGUACGGGGCAGCCGUGCUCUUCUUGCUCAUGUGCACCUUUGCACUCAUCGCGCACUGGCUGGCCUGCAUUUGCAGCCUCACCAGCGUAGGCUUCGGCAACGUCUCCCCCAACACCAACUCAGAGAAGGUCUUCUCCAUCUGCGUCAUGCUCAUCGGCUCCCUCAUGUAUGCCAGCAUCUUUGGCAACGUGUCCGCCAUCAUCCAGCGCUUGUACUCAGGCACCGCGCGCUACCACACGCAGAUGCUGCGUGUCAAGGAGUUCAUCCGCUUCCACCAGAUCCCCAACCCGCUGCGGCAGCGCCUGGAAGAGUACUUCCAACACGCCUGGUCCUAUACCAACGGCAUCGACAUGAACGCGGUGCUGAAGGGCUUCCCCGAGUGCCUGCAGGCCGACAUCUGCCUGCACCUGCAUCGCGCGCUGCUGCAGCACUGCCCUGCCUUCCGUGGCGCCAGCAAGGGCUGCCUGCGUGCGCUGGCUGUCAAGUUCAAGACGACGCACGCGCCGCCCGGGGACACCCUGGUACACCUCGGCGACGUGCUCUCCACGCUCUACUUCAUCUCCCGCGGCUCCAUCGAGAUUCUGCGUGACGACGUGGUGGUGGCCAUCCUCGGAAAGAAUGACAUCUUUGGGGAACCUGUUAGCCUCCACGCCCAGCCCGGCAAGUCCAGUGCGGACGUGAGGGCCCUGACCUACUGCGACCUGCACAAGAUCCAGCGGACCGACCUGCUGGAGGUGCUGGACAUGUACCCUGCCUUCGCAGACAGCUUCUGGAGUAAGCUGGAAGUCACCUUCAACCUGCGGGACGCAGAUGGGGGUCUCCAGUCAUCACCCCGACAGGCUCCAGGCAGUCAGGACCACCAAGGCUUCUUCCUCAGUGACAGCCAGUCAGGUGCAGCUCCUUCCCUGAGCCUCUCAGAUGCAUCUGGCCUCUGGCCUGAGCUGCUGCAGCAGGUGUCCUCAAGGCCAAGGGACAGCCCUCCAGAUCCUCAGGGAGACCCAGACUGCUGGCCUCUGGACCUAAGCGCCAGACUAGAGCAGCUCCAGGCCCAGAUGAACAGGUUGGAGUCCCGCAUGUCCUCAGACCUCAGCCUCAUCCUGCAACUCCUUCAGCAGCCCCUGCCCCAGGGCCACACUGGCUACAUUCUGGGAGCCCCAGUCUCCAAUGACCUGGACUUGUUUCCUGCGGCCUCAACAACUCAGAGUCCAGGAAGUAGUCUGUCCCAGGAUGGUCUGCCCCCUGCACAGGCCCCAAGCUGUGGUAACUUAGACAAAAAGCGCAAGCACUCCUCCUCCAGGAUGCCUCACCUGGCCAUGGCCGCGGACAAAACACUGACACCGUCUUCAGAACUGGAGCAGCCUGAGGGACUCCUGUCAUCGCUAGCCUCAACUCUGCAUCCCCUGGAGGUACAGGGUCUCAUCUGUGGUGCCCGCUUCCCCUCCCUUCCAGAAUACCUCGGCUCUGUCCCCAAGCCGCUGGAGUUCCAGAGACAUGGCUCGGAUCCUGGAUAUGCAGGGAGUUACGGCCACUGA